CACAAGACCCACCACUGAGAGGGCACUUCCCACUAGUUCUCUCAUUCCCUCUUUACCCCCCACCCCCACGCAACCCACCUGGUCAGCGCUGGAAAUACUUGGCUGCUAGGACAAUGACAGGUGCCAUGCUUGCCCUGCCCGACGCUGGCUUUGCCUCCACAAUGCCUUUUACAGAAAUUCCAAGGACCCAGAGGGAUGGAGACAAGUUUUCCCAGAGACAGGCUCGUCCUCUGGCGCCAUCUGCAGGCCGCAUGCGGAACUCCAUCCGCCGUGAAGCAGCCUUUGCCCGCAGCUUCAGGCCUGGAAUACUCGGGGUGGAUCUUAGGGCUCUGUCUGUGUGCAGGCGUCCUGGAAGGCGGCUGCUUCCCGCGCUGAUCUCAUCCCCAGGAUCUGAGUUCUCAAACAGUAAGCUGUUUUCUCAAGUCCCUGGCAAAGCACUUCUGAUUAUCAGUUUGGUGAUGCCUAACCACGGAGCCCUCCAUCAGAACAGUGAAUUCUGCACAUGGUACCGGCGCAUCCUAGGGACCAGGGGUGCCAGCCCGGGCCUCUUGACUCCUGGUUGGCCGAGUCUAACGUACAUCAGCCUCUCGGUGAAGUUGGCUCGUUUGCGGGCGGCGCCAAGACCCACUGGGCCCCACCGCAGAGCUGGCUGCUGCCUGCUUUGGGCCCUUUCGUCCCUGGAAGCCCUGGAAGCCCUCGAAGGGCGCGGCACCCACUCCCGCGGGUUCUGGGCCGGGGCCUCUGCCCGCUCUAGGCGGGUCUGCCCGGAGGCCUUUUGCACCCCGCAGAGGCUGGGGGCCGCGAACCCACGCACGAGGCACCAGGCCCGCGGGCCGCCGCGGAGUCCAAGCUCCGGGAGGGCCCGAGGCCACCCGCUCCUCCCACUCCGGCCCCGCCUCGCCCCGCUCCUCGCGCGACGACAGCGACGCGGACUGGCGGGGGGAUCGGAGGGAAGUGGCUGCUGCGGAACGCGGAUGUGGCCGCGACCCGAGCGCGAGGAGCGGGCGGCUGGACGGGACCCAGCAACGGCAGGAGGAGCUGGCGGGCGAACGCCUCCCGGCAGCCGCCGGCGCGACGAGGUCCACACCCAGCCUUUCCCGCCGUCCCACCUGGCCGGACGCGGCCAAUCGGCUUCCGAGGAGGGCAAGGCUCUGUCCAAUGAGGGAAGACAGCCUCCACAGCCCCGCCUCCCACCGGCCAGAGGCUGUGUCCCGAGCGCGGGCGUCUAG